AAUACAAAAUUCAUAAAGUUUUGCCACAAAAUUUCCCUCUCAAUGGCAAUCACACCAGAAAACCUCCUAAAUGGACCACUAUCCACCCAAAAAUGCACCCUUGGCUGCCCCAUCCUCGACCGAUCGCUAGGAGGCGGAGUGCCGUGCAAUUCCAUCACCGAGAUUGUAGCGGAAAGCGGUUCCGGCAAGACCCAACUCUGCCUCCAAAUCGCCCUCCACUUCCAGCUCCCUGUCUCACACGGCGGCCUUGCUGCCUCUUCUCUCUAUCUCCACACGGAAUUCCCAUUUCCCUUUCGCCGACUUCAUCAACUUUCCCAUUCCUUUUGCUCUCUGUACAAUCGCCUUUAUAACGGCGUAAAUUACAAUCCAUGUGAUCAUCUAUAUGUACAUAGCAUACACACUGCAGACCAAUUGCUCGAUAUAAUGUCCAAGAUAGAGUCUUUUCUUGUGAACAGGAAUACCCAACUGCCCGUUAAGCUAAUUGUGAUUGACUCAAUCGCGGCACUAUUUAGAUCCGAGUUUGAUAACACUCCGAGGGAACUUAAGCGGAGGUCGGCGCUGUUUUUCAAGAUAUCCGGAAAAUUGAAGGCAUUGGCUAAAAGGUUUAGUUUGGCUGUUGUAGUGACUAAUCAGGUUGUUGAUUUUAUGGGACCAAGUGAGGGGAUAAAUGGGGUCAGAGUUGGGAAUUUGGGAGCUUUGUACUCAUCAGGUAGACGGGUUUGUGCUGCUCUGGGGCUGGCAUGGGCCAAUUGUGUGAAUUCAAGGCUGUUCCUGUCUAGGGAGGAGGAGAUUGUUCGAGAAGACGAUGCAUUGGUGGAUUGCAGUGAUGGUCAUAACUUGUGUAGGCGAACAACGAGGUUUCUUCAUGUGAUUUUUGCACCUCAUUUGCCUGAUACAUCAUGUGAGUUUGAGAUCACGAGAGAUGGCGUUUUUGGAGUUGAAAGAAGAUAAUAAUAUAAGAUCUUCUGAAGGUAGCGGUGCUGAGUUUGGGUUGAACUUAUGAUUGGACUUUCAAAGAGUACAGUAUGUAUGGCUCUCCCUUCUUCCUCUUAAAAGUUUUGUUAUUUGUUUUUGUUUUAAGUUGUUUUACAUUGAUAGUAGCUAAGAGCCAAAGAUAGGCUUGUUUAGAUUUUAUUUUCUUGUAAAUUUGUUAAUUUUGAUGCAAACAAUGCAAGCCUCUUUUCUGGAUUUUGAUGCAUACAAUACAAGGCUCUUUUCUAGAUUUUUUUUUCUUGUAAAUUUUCUAAUUUGAGUAAGGACCCGAAGCAUUGAAGUACACUGAUCCUUGGAAGACAGUAAGUUCAUUUGUAAAUUCAAAUUAAAAAAUAAUAAUA